AUCAGUCAUUGUUCUCUUGUUCCAUGAACCAUGGUCACUUUUACUUCACAAUUUUCAUUUCUUUGGCUUUUGUUUUUAUUUACAACCACAAUCCACAUAAGCAUGUCUAGCAAUCACAGGGCUGUUCAUUGCAACAAGAAGGAUCGAGAGACACUAUCAAUCUUCAAACAAGGCAUAACCAAUAGUUCAGACCAUCUUUCAACAUGGUCAAACGAAGAAGAUUGCUGUGCAUGGAAAGGAGUCCAGUGCGACAACAUUACAGGCAGGGUUACAAAGCUUGAUCUUCAAAGAUUCUCUUUGAAAGGUGAAAUAAACUUAUGUUUGCUAGAACUUGAAUUUCUGAAUUACUUGGAUUUGAGCUACAAUUACUUUGAUGUGAUAAGUAUUCCACCUAGUCCUCACAAUGUCACAUUUGCCUCUAACCUUCUUUACCUUGACUUAUCCUGGAAUUACGGUUUUCUUCAAAUGGAUAAUCUUCAUUGGCUUUCUCCACUUUCUUCCUUGAAAUAUCUCAACCUCAGUUAUAUCGAUCUUCACAAAGAAACCAACUGGCUUCAGUUGGUGGCAAUGCUUCCUUCAUUGUCAGAGUUACGCUUGAGGGAUUGUAGCCUAAGCUACAUCAGCCCAUCACUCAAGUAUGUGAAUUUUACUUCACUUGUUACUCUUGAUCUCUCUUUCAACAAUUUCAACUCUGAAUUACCAUACUGGUUGUUUAAUCUCAGCAGUGGCAUCUCUCAUCUUGAACUUCAUUACCAUACUGGAAAUAAUCUUCAAAUGGAUAAUCUUCAUUGGCUUUCUCAACAUUCUUCCUUGAAAUAUCUCGACCUCAGCGGAAACAUCAGCCCAUCUCUUAAGUAUGUGAAUUUUACUUCACUUGUAACUCUUGAUCUUUCUAACAACAAUUUCAACUCUGAAUUACCAUACUGGUUGUUUCAUCUCAGCAGUACUGACAUAUCCUAUCUCGACCUUUCGUAUAACAGUAUACAUGGUGAAAUACCUUCGAGUUUGUUAAACCUACAGAAUCUGAAUUACCUUGAUCUAUCAGGGAACAAACUCGAAGGAUCAAUUCCUAAUUGGUUUGGCCAACAAGAACAUCUGCAGUCCCUUGAUCUAUCCAACAACCUAUUUUCUGGUUCCUUUCCCUCAGCACUUGAAAAUUUGUCAUCCUUAGUUUCCCUAAGUAUUGGCUCUAAUUCCUUCUCCGGUGCAAUAUGUGAACCAUUUUUAUCCAAACUCUCUAAAUUAGAAGACUUGGACUUGAGCAAUUCCACUUUUGCAUUCCAUUUGGAUCCUGAAUGGAUUCCUCCAUUUCAACUUAGUGGUCUUUCUUUGGGAAAUACAAAUCAAGGUCCCAACUUUCCAUCGUGGAUAUAUACACAGAAUUCAUUACAAUGGCUAGAUAUAUCAAGCUCUGGAAUUUCAUCCGUAGAUGGAGACAUGUUUAGGAGCUUCAUAGCAGGACAUUAUUGGUCGUAUCUCAGUAUGUCCAAUAGUUCAAUCAGUGAAGACAUAUCGAACGUUACGUUGAAUUGUUCGUUUAUAAGGUUGGACCAUAAUAAUUUCACUGGAGGGCUCCCACAUAUAUUGCCAAAGGCCACUGAUGUGGAUUUAUCUGACAACUCCUUCUCAGGACCAAUUCCUCGUGGUUGGGAGAACUUGAAUAACUUGGUGUACAUUAACCUGUGGAGUAAUAGAUUAUCCGGUGAAGUUAUAGUGGACCUCUCAAACUUUAUGAAUUUAGAGGUUAUGAUCCUUGGAAAAAAUGAAUUUUCUGGAACUAUACCGAUUAAGAUUCCACAGAAGUUACAAGUGAUGAUAUUGAGAUCUAACCAUUUCGUGGGUAAUAUUCCACCCCAGCUAUUCAAUCUCUCUACUUUGUUUCACCUGGAUCUUUCCCUAAAUAAACUUUCAGGAUCUAUGCCUCGGUGUGUGUUUAAUGUUACUCGUAUGGCUACAGAUUAUUAUCCCUCGUAUGGCAUGUUGGGUGGUUACGUAAUCCUUUUGCAUACAAAAGGUCAAGAUUAUGAUGAUUAUGAAGUCAAUCCAGAUAGGCGAACUAUUGACCUUUCAGCUAACAACUUGUCUGGAAAAAUUCCCUUAGGAUUAUAUGGGUUAACCGAAAUCCAAACAUUGAACUUAUCUCACAAUCAUUUCACGGGAACAAUACAAAAGGAGAUUGGGGAUAUGAAAAAUUUGGAAUCUCUUGAUCUCUCCAAUAAUAACCUUUAUGGAGAGAUUCCUCAGAGCAUGGCUGGUUUGUCUUUUCUUGGUUAUUUGAACCUAUCAUGCAACAAUUUUAAUGGACAAAUCCCGAUAGGGACUCAACUUCAAAGUUUUAAUGCAUCGAGUUAUAUUGGGAAUCCAGAAUUCUGUGGAGCUCCUCUUUCAAAUUGUAUCACACAAGAAGAAAUUCCUAAAGAUACAAACAAAGAUGCAGAGAACGAAGAUGGGGGCAUAGAAAGAGAGUCACUGUGUCUUGGGAUGGGAGUUGGAUUUGCAGUGGGCUUUUGGGGGAUUUGUGGUUCAUUCCUUCUCAUUAGGAAAUGGAGACAAACAUAUUAUCGGUUCCUUGAUCACAUGGGUGACCAACUUUAUGUUACGUUGAUGGUAAAGUUCAACAACUUUCGUAAAGCAGAGGUACCUGCGAGUUGAGGAGGACUCUUUGCAAGAAGACGACGACGACGACUCAUCUCCCGCUACUUUGUUGGAUUCGGAUGCUUUAUAAUUUUCUAUGGUUUAGCGAUUUGGACUUGGGUCAUGAAUAAGUGUUGCGACUUGAGAUUUUUUUAACUUAUUUAUAUUCUGUUGUGACUGAGUGUAUUAUAAUUAGUGAUGUGAUGAGAA